AUGUCUAGAUUCCGUGUUUCCAAAGAAGAUGAGGUUACACAUAAGCUCGAGGCCAACAACGUGUUCGAAGGCCUUGUUGAUGAUGGGAGCAAAGACUGGCUCCGCUAUCGUAAAUACGCUCACUUUCUAUCAAGAGCGUGCUGGCACGGUGGUAGAAUCAUACUUCGUCAGACGUCGCCGGAGUCAGAGGGAAUCUACGACUUCAUCCUUGAACUGUACAAGGCCUGCGAUGGGGAUUGGAAUAAGUUCGUGGAGAGCGGCGUGGCUAGGGAACAUCUCGAUACUUGGCUAGAAUUUGCUGGCAUGUUUCUCUCCAGCCUAGGUAACCACUUUGUCAGUACCGGAAAUCGUUUGAUGGCAUCCCCGCCCACGUCUGUCUUCAAUUUGGUCCACUAA